AGGACCUCCUCCCGGAUGUACGCCCCAUCAUCGCCUCACGUCCCCUGUGCAGUGUUUGCAGGGGGGUUGUCAGCUGAGACAGAGAUCUUCCUGUGGCAUGUAGAUGUCCUCCAGCAGCAGCGUGACGAUGCAGACCCUCACCCCGCAUGUGUACUGGGCUCAGCGGCACGGAGACAUCUUCCUCCGGGUGGAGCUGAGCGAUGCCUCGAAUCUCGACAUCAGCCUGCAAGAAAACAACACGCUUCAGUUCAGAGCGCAGGGCCAUGGAGCUAAAGGAGAUAACGAAUACGAGUUCAGUUUGGAGUUCCUGGAAGCCGUUCGCCCCGAGGUCAGCCACAGGUCCACCCAGCGUCAGGUGGACAUCAAGAUCAAGAAGCAGGUGGAGCGCUGGUGGGACCGGCUGACGCUGCAGGAGAAGAAGCCUCUGUUCCUGGCCCCCGACUUCGACCGCUGGCUGGACGAGUCCGACGCCGAGAUGGAGCUUCAGGCUAAGGAGGAGAAGAUCAACAGGAUCAGCGUGGAGUCGAGAGUUCGUAAAGACCCGUACCUCGGGCUGAAGAGAGGCUACCUGUUCAUGUACAACCUGGUGCAGUUCCUGGGAUUCUCCUGGAUCUUUGUCAACAUGACUGUUCGCCUCUUCAUACUUGGUCAAGAUUCCUUCUACGAUACCUUCCACACCACGGCCGACAUGAUGUACUUCUGUCAGAUGAUGGCCGUGCUGGAGGUCAUCAACCCGCUGCUGGGUCUGGUUAAGACUGGAUUCUUUCCUGCUAUGAUACAGGUGGCCGGCAGGAACGUCAUCCUGUUCGUCAUCUUCGGCAGUCUGGAGGAGAUGCAGAACAAAUCUGUCGUCUUCUUCGUCUUCUACCUGUGGAGCACCAUCGAGAUCUUCAGGUAUCCGUUCUACAUGCUGGCCUGCAUCGGCACAGAGUGGAAGCUGUUGACGUGGUUGAGGUACAGCCUGUGGAUCCCUCUGUACCCGCUGGGAGUCGUGGCUGAAGCUGUGGCCGUGAUCCAGUCCCUGCCGAUCUUCGAUGAGACCCUCCUGUUCAGCUUCCCCCUCCCCGCUCUGCUCGGACACUCUCUGAGCUUCUCCUACACGCUGCAGCUCUACCUGGUCCUCAUGUUCCUGGGACUCUUCAUCAACUUCCGGCACCUGUACAAGCAGCGGCGGCGACGAUACCGCUCGAAGAAAAGGAAAGUCCACUAAGUGAUCAGCGCCUUUUUAUUGUGCACCCUCUGAACUGCAGUCCACUCCAAGACGAAGCAGCUCACUCCUUUUCCUCUGAUUGCCUUCCUACACACACACACACACACACACACACACACACACACACACACACACACACACUGAGUGAACUGUUCACCUUCUCCAGACCAAAUCCUGUAAAUCCCGCUGAAGCACCUGGCCUGACGUGUACAGCAGAGGUACACCGUGUCAUCAUAACAUUUAUUGGGCCUAAUUAGUUCAAAUGUAUUCGUCUGUAUCGAUGUGAUCAAUGUCAGAGCUCCACCAAAGAGCCAAGGAAGCUCGCUGAGGAGUUCAUUAAAGUAAUUUACAGAUAGUUCAUCGAGUAUUUGGAACAUUUCAACAGAAAGUUUAGGCAGUCCGUCACCAAACGAUGCCAAACUUGAUGGAUCAGAGUUGUCCGAUAAGUCAGGUCGACGCUUUUAGGACGUUUUUUUUCUGGAUCCUUUAAUAUUCUGCGGCCCCGGGUGUGAAGCUCUGACGGGCCUGAUGUGGCCCUCGGGCCUCCGGUUGAUGACCCCUGCUGUACGGGUCCAUCCAGUGCUUUAUACUGUGAGUUUGAGUUGUGUGUGUGUCUGCAUCACUGUUUAAAGACUUCUUUCACUUUGUUUGAGAUGGUUCUGCUGAUUUUCAUGUUGGAGACACGAGCAGUCCGUUACGUGUCCGUUAGAAAACCAGUUUUCACUACGUUUAUAUUUUUACAUUAUUUCUAAAAUGGAGGUCCUCAUCCUCAUUUAACACAUGAACUUCACAGUGACCGUUUAUUAACCUUCACAUGUCAUUAUGUUAUAUUGUUGAAGGAAGUGUCACGACGUUUGUUUUAAUGUCCGAACAUUUGACGACAGUCUGGAGUCCGUGCACGUUGGUUUGAACUUGCAGAUUGUUGGAAAAUGGAUCAGCAGCGAUGUGAAGUUCACACGAGUCGACUUCCACGAGCUGAUAGAAAUGAUGUCAGAGGCCUCGGCAUGGUUUACUAGUUUCUAGUUUACUAGUUUCUAGUUUCUAGUUUACUAGUUUCUAGUUUACUAGUUUCUAGUUUACUAGUUUUCUAGUUUACUAGUUUCUAGUUUACUAGUUUCUAGUUUACUAGUUUACUAGUUUCUAGUUUUCUAGUUUACUGUUUCUAGUUUACUAGUUUCUAGUUUACUAGUUUACUCGGCAUGGAAACACUGUGGCUCCGAUUGAAAUCUUUGUUCUUCUCAGACCGCUUUGAAUAUCAACAAACUCAUGCAAAUCAGUGUAUACGGAAAUAUUUACACACACACACACACACACACACACACACACACACACACACUGACCUGUGCUCAUACCUCAUGCCCAUAAAAAGUUUUUUUUCUUCUGGUCCUGUGAGGUCGUCACACGUCGAUCUUCUCUCACUUCCUGUGACUGUGCAGAACAGGAGGAAGUUUAAAGGUUCAUAAAAACUUAUGAGACGGUUUCAAUCACAGUGAAAUGAAGAAAGGCAUCAGUGUAAACUGAACUGAGCCGACCUCCUUGUCUUUGUCUGUUCACCUUGGAGCCUUCUCUCUCUCUCUCUCUCUCUCUUCGUUUGUUUCUGUAUUUAUUUGUUAUUUGUUUGUUUUUUUCAUUUGUUUGUUUCAGAUUGAUUUUUUUAAAGAUGUGAUUGAUUGAUUCAGACAUUUCAAAAUGCUUCGUUUGUAAAUCACAAUCAUGAUUUCCUGAUAAAAAUAAAAAAAACAUCAGAGUU